GAAGAGGUUGUGUUCUUUGAUGGAAGUUGGGCGGAAAAUGGACUUGAAUCUCAAGGAGACUGAGCUAUGUUUGGGGCUGCCUGGUGGCGGUGGAGAAUUAAGAGCAGCUCAUCCUGCUGAUCAGAAUAAUAUUGACUCCAUCACUAAAAAAAGAGGAUUUUCUGAGACUGUUGAUCUGAAACUCAACCUUCAAUCCAAUGAUUCUUCUGCCUUGGAUCUGAAGAAUAAGAAUCCUUCCAAGGAAACUUGUAACAAGGACUCAACCAAACCACCGGCAAAGGCACAAGUGGUGGGUUGGCCACCAGUGAGAUCAUUCAGGAAGAACAUAAUGGCACAAAAAGGCAUCAGCAGUAAUAGUGAAGAAAGUGAGAAUUCCAAGGGAGGAAUAAGCAGCAGUACUACUCCAGCAUUUGUGAAGGUGUCCAUGGAUGGAGCACCUUACCUUCGAAAGGUAGACUUAAACAUGUACAAAAGCUACCAACAACUCUCUCAUGCUUUGGCCAACAUGUUCAUCUCCUUUACUAUGGGUAAUUAUGGGGCCCAAGGAAUGAUAGAUUUUAUGAAUGAGAGGAAACUGAUGGAUCUCCUCAACACUUCUGACUAUGUACCUACCUAUGAAGAUAAGGAUGGGGACUGGAUGCUCGUGGGAGAUGUACCUUGGCAGAUGUUUGUUGAUUCAUGCAAGCGUUUACGCAUAAUGAAAGGAUCUGAAGCUAUUGGACUUGCACCAAGAGCCAUGGAGAAAUGCAAGAGCAGGAGCUGAAAACGUUGAUGAAGCAGUUUAUUAUAUAUGUCUGUGUUUUUAUUAUAUGUAGGUAAUUCAAGAAAUGAUCUUUGGAUUUUUGUAGUGAAAAAGAAGCAGCAAUAAACUGAAAACCCUAAUCUCUGGUUUGUUUAUUAGGAAUGGGGCUUGUUUAAUAAUUGUCCCAAAUUUCUUUCCAUUUUCUUUCUUCUCUUUGGGUGGUUGUUCUUGUCCUCUCUGUCAUAGUGUUUUAUUCCUUCAUUUAAAUGACAUUUUCUCCAGUAACCAGAUUUUCCGCAUCAUGUAUCUUAUUUAUUCAUCCAUUUAUGUAUAAUCAAUGUGUAUUUUAUCGAAUUAGUAUCAUUUAUUAUUAUGAA